AUGGCGCAAGCAGCGCCCAUCGUUCUCAACACAGAAGACGAAGGUGUGACCGGCUGUCACACAAGUGAAAGUAUACCUCUGGACGCUCCUCAGGAUGACGCCAUGGAAAAUACGGGCCGUCCGGACAAAAGAUGCCAGACUUAUGACGAGACACUUAGUCUUGUGCAACUCCAACAGCAGCUUAUUGCAGAAAGGGAAGUGUCAGCAAAAGUAAAACAACAGCUUGAAUCUCUCAAAGAGAAUACUAGCUGCAUUGAGCAGCUUCAACAACAACUAGCUGCUGAAAAGCAGUGUUCUGAGUGCCUAGAGCGAGAGCUCAUACGUGCCAACAAUAGCUUAAAACACUGGAGAGAAUGUUACGAAGAUUUAAAAGCAAGAACUCUGCGUUUCGAAAACAUAAAAACUACAAAGGAGAUCCUGUAUUACACAGGGUUACCUUCGUCAAACAUUUUCAAGUACAUUCUAAAUUUUGUUCUGGUGCGAAACCCUCAGCUUCUGAAACAUGGUAAGCAGAUCACCAGUGCCGAAGAACAAUUCUUCGUGGUCUUGGUGCGCUUGCGUACUGGCAGGGCAUCACUUGAGAUAGCCAGAAACUUUGAGGUCUCUAUGCCGAGUUUCAGCAGAAUUUUUUCUUGGUGGGUGCUCAUACUAGAGAAAGAACUUCAUGCACUGACAGUUUCUCCGACACUCGCUGAAGUGCAGCAAAGCAUGCCACAUCAUUUCAGGCAGCACCCCAACACUCGCAUUGUCCUCGACACUACGGAAGUACGAAUUCAGAAGCCCUCGGGCCUUAAUGCCCAAAGACAGACCUUCUCACCCUACAAGUAUGCAAACACCAUGAAGUGUCUUGUAGGUGCUACACCAAACUGCUACAUUUCCUACGUUUCAAAAUUGUAUGAUGGAGGGACUAGUGACAGGGCAAUUGUUCAGCAGUCAGGUGUCCUUGAUAUCUUGGAGCCAAGGGAUGCAGUUAUGGUGGACAAGGGCUUUAAGAUUGAUGACUUGCUGCCCUUAGGUGUGUCUCGCCACAUGCCGCCAUUCAGGAUUGCUGGCGAGGCUCAGAUGAGCCAAAAAGAUGUGGAGGAAACAAAGAGAGUGGCAAGUGCCUGGGUGCAUAUUGAAAGAGUCAUUCGCAGAAUUAAGGAGUUCCAUAUCCUCGACAGACCAUUUCCCAUCAAUAUGAUUGAUUUAGCCGACCCUGUUUUCAAAACAUGCGCAUACCUAUGUAACUUCAGGGGAGCCCUCAUUCGAAAGAACCUACAAAUUGAAAUGUCAGAUUUCGAGUAG